ACAAGAGUCGGUGCAUUUUGCCCGGAGUCCCGUUAUUCGCACCGGUGGUAGCUGAUGAUGGAAGCUGUCUGCAAAGGCUGCCGACAAGUUCUUAUUUACGCCAUUAGGGGGCAAAAGUUCCCCACCUGUCUUCUGUCCAACAUCACUCUGCUGCGCGAAGAGAUGAUGUCACUUCCGUGGGAGCAAACGGAAAGGGGAAACAUGGCGACGAAACAACGUGGGAAAGGCGCCUCUUUGGUGAAAAAGGCAGAAAAUAAAAAAGGUGCCCAUGAUUUCAACUUGGCGCUGGAUUCUAGCGACGACGAGGCUCCGGAGGAAGUAACUUUUGAGGACUCGAAGGCCCGGGCCGUGGAGAGCCUGAAGCUGGCGCUGGACACCGCCAGAAGAGAGAAGGAGCUGCUGAAGGAGAAAAGGAGGAAGAGACAAGAGCUUUUCCAGGAACAGAAGAAGAAGAAACUCCUCUCAGCCGAUGUGUUGGAGGAAAUUGACUCGGUUCCUUCAAAGAAACAGAAACAGGCUGAGGAUAAAGAUGAAGAGGAAGAGAAGAAGAAGAGGAAGACAAAGAAACCCACAGGAGUGAGAAACCUGAAGGGGAGCUACACGGUUUCCACGGUGACAAAUCAAGGGCAGAGCGACUACCAGCGGCAGGCGGCGGAGGAUUUCAUCCAGUCCAGAUUGUACGGACCGGGAAGCUGCAGGAGCUCCAAUAACGAGAUGCUGUCCCUGCAGAACAAGACCAGGGCGGAUAAGAGUGCAGCCGUGCAGUUUGUUAAAAAGGACUGGGCCUGUAAGGAGAAAGCUAAAGCAGAGAAGCUGAAGAAGAGGUGGAUCCACAAGCAGCAGAUUCCCACCAGCUGACCGGAACGUCGGGAUUGAAACCACUGCAGCCGCCGCGAGUCAUCCAACAUGGCCACCACGAGUCAUCCAACAUGGCCACCGCGAGUCAUCCAACAUGGCCACAGCGAGUCAUCCAACAUGGCCGCCACGAGUCAUCCAACAUGGCCGCCACGAGUCAUCCAACAUGGCCGCCGACAGAAAUCUGGAGGAAGAAUCUCCUGGAGCUUCUUCACCUGAACUGAAAGUUUCAGAAAAACAAACCUGGAUGGACUUUAAGCCUCGUUUCAGGAGAAAUGCUCUAAUGGUUCUGCUUAUGAUAUGUAAAUAUUUUUUAAUAAAGGUGAAGUUAUACUUUAUAAAAAUCAAAUAUUUAAUUGAAGGAAAAUAUUUAUUGUCCUCGCUGGUCGGUGCUUUACAUAUUCCUGCUGUUACUACAAACCACCGUAAUCUAAUAUUUCAAACUUAUUGCUUUCAAUAUUCCAGGGGUAUGAAUAAUUUUGGACUCAACUCCAUCUUUGUUUUUUCAUUCCAGUAUUGAUUCAUACAAUUGAUGGUUAGCGUGUUGCAAUAAUCCGUUAA